UGUGUGAGUGCGCGGCUCUGGCCGCAGCCCAUCCGGCUCGAUUCACGGUCGCGUCGCGUCACGCCGAGCAGAGCAGAGCGGACUCCCUUCCCUUAAAGCAGGAGCAGAGAGCGGCGAGAGAGGAGAACCACAGCCGCUGCAGCUCACAGGGACGCGGAGGAGGCAUGAGCUCCUCACUGCUCCUCUCUUCUGCUCCUCUCCUGCUCCUCUCAAAGCCUUUGUGUUGGCAUUUUCUUCACCAGCGGUCUUUCUUUGACUUCAGGACUCCAUUCAGAAUGCUGUUGAGCCGAUGGAUGCCCUGGAAGAUCUGAUCCCAUUGAGAGCACUUAUCCAAGCUCUCGGUCAUCCUACGCCACCUACCUACAAAUUAGAGUAGAUCCAUCUUCCUCCUCAGCGACCUCUGCCUCUGGGAAGUAUGCCUGGAUGGAGGUCCCAAUGCCAUCUGGUGCUUCUCAACCUGCUGUCCUGUGGCUUGGAGGUCUGCGUGGCAGCUGGCAUCACCUACGUGCCACCACUGCUGCUAGAGGCUGGCAUAGAGGAGAAGUACAUGACCAUGGUGCUAGGUAUCGGUCCAGUUCUGGGUCUCGUCUUCAUCCCUCUCAUUGGUUCAGCCAGUGAUCACUGUAGCAGUAGCUAUGGCCGCCGCCGACCCUUCAUCUGGCUGCUAUCUCUGGGUGUGCUUAUGGCCAUGUUCAUCAUCCCUCACACUGAUGUCCUGGCAGCCUGCCUCAGCUGGGGUGGCAGUGCCCAUUCAAACCAACCACUGCAGGUGGGUCUGCUCAUCUUGGGCGUAGUGCUGCUGGACUUCUGUAGCCAGGUGUGCUUCACGCCACUGGAGGCACUUCUGUCAGACCUGUACAGUGGACGUGAGGAGUGCGCCCAUGCCUUUGCUACCUUCUCCUUCAUGGCGAGUCUGGGUUCGUGUAUGGGAUACCUCCUGUCCUUGCUCGACUGGAGCUCUGGUCCACUUGCCCAGUACCUGGGAGGCCAAGCCAAGGGACUCUUCACUUUCCUUACCGUCAUCUUUGUUUUCUGCGUGCUGGUCACCAUGAAGGCAUCAGAGGAGGAAGAGGAUAAGUUGGAUACUUGGGGUGGAUUCUUUUCCUUGUGCUAUAUUCCCCGGAGACGGUUUAAGAUCUGCUUGCCAAGGGCAGGUUCUCUAAUAUGUGUGCUCAGGAGCUGCUGGUCCGUCACACCAGCAAUCUUCAGAAGCUACUGCCAUGUGCCGUAUGUCAUGAGGCGUCUCUGCGCCGCUCAGCUAAGCAGCUGGAUGGCCAUUGUGAGUUUUAUGCUUUUCUACACGGACUUUGUCGGAGAAGGACUUUACCAAGGAGUGCCCAGUGCUGCACCAGGCACAGUGUCCAGGCAGCAAUACGAUGAAGGCAUCCGUAUGGGCAGUCUGGGGCUGUUCUUGCAGUGUGCUACCUCGACCUUAUUCUCAUUAAUCAUGAACCGGCUGGUGUGUACAUUUGGCUCCAGGAAGGUCUUCUUGUUCAGCAUGGUAUCUUUUACCCUCUCGGCGCUAGUCAUCUGCUUGUCCAAGAGCGUGCUGUUGGUCACGGGGAUGUCGGCCCUUACCGGCUUUGCCUUUGCCACCUUACAGACGCUGCCGUACACACUCACCUGCCACUAUCACCAAGAGAAGGAGGUGUAUAUGCCAAGCAACAAAACCAAAAAGAUUCACAAAAACAGGAUGAACAUUUCUCCUGAAACCGUGCGCCUCACACUGAAUGAAGACACGAGCGACCUGAACCAUAACGGCCAUGCCCCCUACGACCAGGACGACCUGGAAUAUUACCCUCAGAAUGGUACGCACGUCGAUCACAGAUCAGACGAUUAUGAAAAACGUGGCGUGGGCUUGGACUUUGCCAUUCUUGAUAGCACCUUCUUGCUUUCUCAGGUCUUCCCUUCUCUGUUCAUGGGCAUGAUCGUCCAGUUCACAAAAUCUGUCACUGCCUACAUUGCUUCUUCUGCUAUUUUUGGUGCAGUCAGUGUGUAUUUUGCGACACGUGUCAUCUUUGAACAGAAGGAUCUUGAACGCUAGGAGAAAACCAUAAAUUUGAAAGACCAGAUGCCUUUAUGGCUGCUCUUCAGGAAAUAAACAGGUUCUUGUGACAUGGAUUUUGGCUUCAAGCUACUAGAACACCAAAACCCAGAGAGAAAAAAAACCCUGUAAUAAAUCUGUAGUCAUUCAGCAUGAUGCCCUGCUGUUGUUCUUUCCUGUCUGCCCACACAAUAACAUCCUGCCUGUCUCACCAUCCUUCCUGUCAGUCAUUUUCGCCACUUGUUCACCCAGACCAGAAAGCCUUUUUUAUUUUCUACGUUAACUUAAUGUUAAUAUAACUGUUUAAUUCUCUUUUCUUUGCACUAAUGGCAUGUCUUAUCAUCACAGUCCUCAUUCUCAGUCACUGACUCUACAUAAUGUUUGUAAUUUAUCCUCAGUGCAGGCCUGGAUGGCUUUACGUUGCUGUGAAGGUGACUUCACACUGCUCAGGCUUUCUUUUUCACUCGUAUCAUGUACACAAAAUUUUAACAAAAAACACACACAAUUUGGACCAGCGAUUGCAUCUGAGAGAUGCGAUGUGUCAUGCAAUGCCUUUAUGUCUUGUAAAGAUUUAGGAAAAGAAAUAUUUUACUGUAUAUAUUUUUGUACAUUAAUAAUAUAUACAUAUACAAACAUUUAUAUCCCUAUGGGAAUUUUUUUUUUAAUGCAGCCUGUUUGCUGAGGUCAUCUGUAUUUAUGUUCUGUUGCUAGCUUCACGUCACGCAAACAUCGUAUAGUUAAUGGAAUACAUUUUGUCUACGUAGUUAGGAACCAGCACUAACAGCCAAAUCAAGGCAGAAGCUUAAAAAAAAAAAAAAGACAGCCCAGCUUAUUUUUGUACAGAGAGUUUUGCUACCUAAAUGAUACUGUAGAAACACUUUGUGCCAGAAAAUCAUCACCAUCAUCAUGAAAAUGAUGCUACAGCAGGGCAUAGAAAUUGGGGUUAUGU